AUGGCGCGCCCGAUGGGUAUAGUCAUAAGGCCGCGGCACGACGCGCGAGACGUGGUUGUCCCAGUUGGGAGCAGCUCCAAGCUCGGACGCGCGCAGCUGCCGGUCAGUCUGGCUGGGACGGAGGACGCGGCGUACGUGAGCCGGGUGCAGGCGGUCGUUUCGUCGCUUUCGCAGCACGCGAGCUCCCCCGCGCGCGGCAGCGUUGUCGGUUACUUGGAGACCCCGAAAGAGGCGCGGAACCCGACGCGGCUGGACAAGUUCGACGGCAGGCGGGUGUUCGUCGAGCCAGGGAACCGGCAGGAACUCCACGUCGGCGACGGCAUCGGCCUGCUGUGGCGGAACGACGACAUCAUGGCCGAGGUCGCCUGGGCGGCGCAACCAGGGUCCCGACCCCCGCAACUCGACGCCACCGGCCCCUCAAGCCAAGACGUCGCCGCCAACGGAUCCUCCGUUCAACAAAGAGUCGAUGGAGCGGGUGCGGCGGCGCAGGACACCCAGGCCGCAGCAGCCAGCGGGCUGCCCGGCGCUGCGCAACAGGGCGGUCCGCGGCCGGUGAUGCUCAUGCUGUGCGGCGCGCAGGGCGCCGGGAAGAGCACAUUCGCGACCGCGGUCGUCCAGGCCGCCGCGCAGCACGUCGCGCCCAAUAACCCCCCCCUUUGGGUCCGGGUGAACCAGGACUCCAUCAACGACGGCGAGCGCGGGACGCGCGCCGAGUGCGUCCGGCUCGCGGCGGAGUCCCUCCGGCGCGGCGCGAGCGUCCUGAUCGACCGCUGCAACUUCGACCGCGCGCAGCGCUACGACUUCGUAGCCCUGGCGCACGAGACCGGCGUGGAGGUGCACGCGAUCGUCCUGGGGCUGCCGCUCGCGGUGUGCCGGGAGCGCGUCGCGGCGCGCAUGGACCACGAGGGCGGCGUGCAGGGCGACAGCGCCGCGCGCCUGUGCAGCGUGCCGCACAGCAAGCUUAAGGCGGACCCCCCGCAACUCGCCGAGGGCCUCGACAGCGUGUGCACGUGCACGUCGGACCGCGCCGUCGCGAAGGCGCUCGCGGUCGUGCAGCGCUGGCGCCCCGGGCGCCCCCUGCGGCUCCCCGGCGCGGACACCCCCAUCGGCUGGACGCGCGUGCGGGGUGCCGGCGGCGCCGCCGCCGCCGCCGCGCCCGCCGCCGCGGGCGUUCGGCGGGAGCGAGGACGGCGGCCCGGUGGACGCGUCGCGGGAGCGGCCGCCGCACCUGAUGUUCUGGAAGGGACAGACGCUGAACCCGGGCGUGACGAAGAUGUGGUUUGA